GGAAUGGUAGUUACAAAGAGGUGUACACGUCAUCCACAUAGCUAGGUAACCGUGAGUAUUUAAGAAGGUGAGAAUAAAGGCUGACCUUCUUUUAGUUGUGAACAGGUAUGAGAUAAGUUGGAUUGGACUAGUGAAGGAAGGAUUUGUAAAGCUUAGGACAUGUGUUUUGGAAGGUGUGCUAGAUGUAUUGGCUAUAAGUUGCUCAUCCUGGCCUUGCUCAGCAUUGUGGCCAACAUUUUACUUUAUUUUCCCAAUGGAGAAACAAGAUAUGCUUCAGAGCAUCAUCUCGGAAAAUACGUGGAGUGCCUUCAUGGCAUUCUAGGUGGAGGCUUUUUGGUACUUAUUCCAGCUGCAGUAUUCAUUGGGCUUCACAAUGAUGACUGCUGUGGAUGCUUUGGCCAUGAGGACUGUGGGAAAAGCUGUGCGAUGCUGUCCUCAGUUCUGGCUGCCUUUAUUGGGAUCAUUGGUUCUGGAUACUGUAUAAUCAUUUCAGCGCUGGGCUUGUCUCAUGGACCAUACUGUUUUACUCACUUAGAAAGAAACUGGAUCUAUCCUUUCACUGAAUCCUCUGGAGGGUACUUGUUUGAGUAUAACAGGUGGUCUGAAUGUCAAGAACCUCAUAACAUUGUGCAGUGGAAUAUCACCCUCUUUUCCAUCCUUCUUGUCUUGGGAGGAAUCGAGUUUAUUUUGUGCUUCAUACAGAUAAUCAACGGCAUUCUUGGAGGACUGUGUGGGUUGUGCUGCAGUCAUGAAGAGACAUACGCUUGCUAGAAACUUGACAAUGUAUUGACGUCGGUACAUAUGUGUGAUGUAUUGAGAUAUCUGUGGGGUUUGGGGGGUUUGGAAGUUUAGGGCUUUUUUGGUUUGUUUUUUUUUUUUUUAAUUUAAUUUUAUUUUUCCUUGGUUGGUUGGUUUUGGCUUUUUUUUGGGGGGGGAGGGAGGAGGUUGGGCAUUUUUUUUCUCUUGUUUUGUUUUUACAUUCCAUGCUUACUAAAAUGCACGUUGUUUGUUGUCAAACUGUGCUAUUGCCAUCAAUUUAACUGACUUGGGGCCAGCCUUUUUUAUUAGUCAUAUGCGUGUUUUCCAACAGUCUGCCUGUAUCUAAAGCCAAAAUGUAUCCUGAAUUUCUCUGGUUCAUUUAAUUUUAGUAUGGGCAGCUGCCUGAAGACAUGUCACUAUAGAUGUUGGAUUUGUGCUUUUUCUUUCUACUGACAAAAUGGCUCUGUACUUUAUGUUGUUUUCCCAGUAAAGUUGCACUUUGUUGGAAUGAGCACAAACCCAACCUAGUGUGUCCUGGAUAUAAAGGAAUACUUGGCUGGAGCAAAAAUAAAGCAGCAGUAAAAUGUGGGUUAUUGAGGGCAGAUGUAUGUGCUUCACUGCUUCAGAAGUUUUCUGAACUUCUGUAUUUCACAAAUAAAGAUUUAUAUUAAAAACA